CAGUGGCAUUCACUUUUCCACAGGGGGAAAUCCAGACAGGAGCCCUAGCGUCUGUCCCAGCCCAGGAAGGUCUUCUUCCCCACAGGGAUCUGAACAGAAUGGAUCUGAUUGCCAAGAGCAGCAGAGUGGCGCGAGCUGCAGAGGACCUGGAGGAGGCAAUGGAUGAAAAUGAGCUUUCUACCUCCAACUACAUCACAGACAAUCCCAUCAACCAUACAACUGUGUCUACUCCAGAGAACGGCACCUCCACUAUUCACCCCUCCGAGGGGACCACUGAUAUGGACCAUGUUAAUGCUACAGAAUUAGGCCGUACAUAUAUUCACAAUCCACUCUUUCCAGUGACCGACAGCUCGUACAGUGCUUAUGGAGUUCUCUUCCUCUCCCUUGUGGUGUUUGCCGUGGGUGUGAUGGGGAAUCUGGCAGUAAUGUGCAUCGUGUGGCACAACUACUACAUGCGAAGUGCCUGGAACUGUAUACUGGCCAGCCUGGCUUUCUGGGAUUUUUUAGUUCUGUGCUUCUGUUUGCCGGUAGUGGUUUUUCAUGAGUUGACCAACAAACGACUUCUUGGAGAUUUCUCUUGCAAGGUGGUACCAUACAUGGAGGUAACAUCUUUGGGUGUGACUUCCUUUGGCCUGUGUGCCCUUGGCAUUGACCGUUUUCAUGCGGCCACUAGUUCUCAGCCCAAGGUACGGAAGGUGGAGCGCUGCCAGUCUGUCUUUGCUAAACUGGUUGUGGUGUGGCUGGGCUCAAUGGUGCUGGCAGCUCCAGAACUUCUGUUAUGGCAGCUCCACCCAGUUAGGUCUGCUAGCUUGGGUAUAGUGGUUGAUUCCUGUAUCAUGAGUCCCUACACUGACCUUCCUGAGUCCAUCUACUCCAUUGUGAUCAACUACCAUGAAGCUCGUACAUGGUGGUAUUUUGGUUGCUAUUUUUGCCUGCCUGUGGUUUUCACAUUGUUGUGUCAAUUAGCCACUUGCCAUGUGUCAGAUGGCAGCACAGUCAAGAGUUCAGAGGACCACUUACCUUCCAAGAAGCAGAAGCUGCAGCAUGUGCAACAGGUGGAGCGCCAGAUGAACUGCACCGUCCUGGCGCUGAUCGUGGUCUACGGCCUGUGCACCCUUCCUGAGAAUGUGUGGAACCUAACACAGGCAUAUGCUCCGCUGCACGUGUCUGAGAGGGUGGCUGCAUUACUGGCCCUCAUCAACCAAUUCUUUCUUUUCUUCAAGUCGUCUGUCACCCCGGUGCUGCUGCUGUGCCUCUGUAAGUCUCUGGGUCAGGCGUUCAUGGACUGUUGCUGCUGCUGUUGUGAGGAGUGUCAGCCAGUGGCUGCCAGGUCCUACUCCCCCUCCACAGGCACCACCGGCUCAGAGAGUAAGCUCAAGAGCUCUGUGGAGAUGUCUUCCUCCAUCUUUUUUGAUAAAGCAAAGGACAGCUCCACCAUCCUGGCCAUUGGCUCAUCAAGCUGA